AUGGUUGGCCAAACAACAUCAAAUCCUUCAGGGCAGCUCUACCAAAGAAAAAGAAGGAGAUUACUCCUUACUGCUGCUGAUGAUGAGGAUCCUUCCACUUCUCCUCAACACAUUCAUCCAAUUCCCAGUCCCAUCAGCAAUGUACCUAGAGAACCCAUUGUACAACCAACCCCACCACCACCUGAAGCAUCUCAACAAACUUCCUUAGAACCUGCUUCACAGUCUUCGCCACAGCAAUCUACACAAUCUGCAUCACAACAUCCUUCCACUUCUCCUCAACACAUUGAUCCAAUUCCUAGUCCCAUCACCAAUGUACCCAGAGAACCCACUGUAGAACCAACUCCACCACCACCUCAAGCAUCUCAACAAACUUCCUUACAACAUCCUUCACAGUCUUCGCCACAACAAUCUACACAAUCUGCAUCACAUAAUCCUUCACAGUUAGAACCUCCUCCUAUUGCUCUUAGGGAUGUCACAGUUGGGGCUGUCCUGGUGGAGGUUGAUUACCCAAGGGGCACUGAGCCUAUUAUUGUCCCUUCUAUCUUUAGCCCUCAACCAUCACCAUCCAACCCCUCUAAUUUCCAAACUUCAAACGAAGAAUCAAAAAGGAUUGAUUUUGACAUUUCAAUCAACAGCCAAUCCUCUUCAACAGAUGACAAUACAAAAUCCCCUCAACCAGAAGUUCACAACAACCAAGGGAUGGACAUAAUACACGACUCAUCUCCACGACCAAUGUCUGCGAAAGAACGUGAAGGUCCUCAUGACUUUCCCCUGUUAGCAGAACCAGAAAAAGAGCCUAAAGGCGCUGAUGCUGCCAUUUCAUUAGUACCCGAAACAACUCCUCCUAUUGCCACAACCACAGCUGAACAAGGCCAGCCGUCUACGCGCACGUUAUUAGGACAGGCCAUCGUUCCAUGUCAGGAUAUUUGGGCCGAACUUUCUAUUCUUCAACAACAUCUAGACGAAAUAUCCCCAUUGCCUCAAAGGCUACAUCUCUUUCAUGCUGAAACUCAACAAACCUUAACUACUUUCAUCAACCUCAUUAACACCCCAGUUGAAGAAAUCAUUCUCCACAAACCUGAUGAAACCUUGGCCUGUCUUUCUGCUGUUCUAAACCUCUCCCCUAAUCCUUUCAACCCCUUGGCCAAGAUCAUCAUGGAAUGGCCAACCCUUUCAGAGAUGGUUCAGACUUGCUCGAAGGAUAUUCAAACCAAAAAAUAUUUCCUAAACGAAGCCCACACCAUAUCUACUUCACUCAAACUCAGCCAGCAAACCUCUGUAGCCAUUCUUCAGCAACACUCAGCACUUGAACUUGAGGAAACCAAACUCAUGGCAGAACUUGCCUCUGUCUGGCAAAGAAAGGCUCAUCUGCAGCAGCAACAUGACCAGCUUAAUCAAGAAGCAAGGAUGAUGCUCUCCCAAAUUAGACAUCGUUCUGUAUCAAUUCAGACAACUAAAGCUGCGUUGGUCCAAGCCCAAGCCAUGCUGGCAGAUGCUUAA